AAAGUCCAUAUCCCGCGGCUCAUCCGAAUUAACCAAUGUUGCUUUGAAUGCUGCUGAAAUCCACGCGUAAGCGUAGGGACAUCCGCUGUGUGAUACCUGGUGUAUGGACUUCUUCUCUUUCCUAGCGACGGUCAUACCCGGUUACACCUCGGCCACGCUGUCGGGAUCAUGAACUCACUCAGGCUCUUUUGGUUGCCGGUCUAAAUUACAUACUAGUAGCCAAGACCCCUGCCCUGGGUUGGCUAUCGUUGACGUUUCUCACUGGGAAUUCACGAAGACAGCCGUACAAGUUCUACAACCACAGUCUGGCCCCUAUGAUCAGAAUGCGGUGUCAAACAUACUGGCUUCUUUGGAGCUGUCUUGUGGCCGGUAGCCUGGCAGCAUGGCAGGUUACCACCGAAGGCAUGGCUAAAGCUGUCCAAGCCGCCGACGAGUGGACUUAUCUUCCUCUCCCGUCGACCGACCCCUGGUACUCGCCCCCUGAAGGAUGGGAGGCCACAGAGCCUGGCACACUCUUGAGGCUUCGGCAGCAUGCCUACAACACGACGCCACUAGCCAUUGCAAACGCUGUGGAUACGUUCCAGGUCCUCUUUCGCUCGACCGACAGCCACCAGAACGCCACCUGGGGCGUCACAACCGUCUUCAUGCCUGCUCAUCAGCCAUGCAGCAAUGGCACGGGAGCUGCAGACACAAAGAACUGCACCCUGAGGAUCCUCUCGUACCAGCUUCCCUACGACACUUCCUGUCUCGACGCGAGCCCCAGUUUCGGACUACAAUGGGGCGAGCCCUACGGCGAGAUGGCAGCGGCUCUGAAACGGGGCUGGUGGGUAGCCGUCCCGGACUAUGAAGGCCCACUGGCCUCGUACGGCGCCAACAUCAUCGCCGGCUACAUCACGCUCGACUCGAUCCGGGCCGUUUUGGAGGCUUCCCGCCGGCUUGAGCCCCCUCUGAGCUUCACCGACACCCGCGUUGCCCUGUGGGGAUACAGCAACGGGGCGUCAGCGACCGAGGCUGCCGUCGAGUUCGCUGCCACAUACGCUCCCGGGUUAAAGAACAAGAUUGUGGGCGCCGCCAUUGGCGGAGUCGCGCCCAUGGCCGCCAUGAACGCCGCCCAGAUCCUCGCCCAAACCCAGGUCUCGGGCCUCCUGGUGCAGGGCAUCAUCGGCAUCACGAGCCAGUAUCCAAAGCAACGCGAGUACGUGCUCAGCCGACUGUUUCCGUCGGGGCCGUACAACGCGACCGAGUUCUUCUGGGCGAGCUACAUGAGCGGGUGGCAGUCGCUGCUGUAUUACUCGUACGUGAACGUGUUUGAGUACUUCAUCGGCGGCCGGGCCGACCUGGAAACCCCGGAGAUGGUCGACAUGUUCGCCAGGGAGGGCGUGCUGGGGGGGUUUGGCGUGCCGAAUAUGCCUGUGUUCUUGUACCAGGCCGUUCAAGACGAGAUGGCGCCGAUACAGGAUUCGGACAACCUGGUAGACUGGUUGUGUAGUCAGGGGGCACGGAUAUUGUAUCACCGCAACCACUGGGGGGGCCAUAAUGAUGAACUCACAAACGGGCGCCAGCGGGCGCUGGACUAUCUCGGCGAUGUCUUGGACGGGAGCAAUGUCCUUUCGUUUCCUCCGACCGGCUGUCAGACUGUCAACGUCACGUUCAUGCAGGAUCCUAGCAAGCCUAUCGUCUGACGCAAGUCUGAUGCUCAGUGACUCUGGCUGUAGAUCGGCACUGUCAACUUGAAGGUUGAGGGAAUGUCACGGAGGCUACGAGAGAAUUUGUGUAUGUACAAUCGAACUUCUUCUAUAUCCUACCUACCCAAUUAGUUAGCUAGUGUACCAAGUAGGGCUUGUUACAAGCUUCCUCG